CAGGGUCAGUCUCAGACCAACACUGCAUCCACCACACAAACCACAGCUACUGUAGUGGCCAGUGGUGGUGCUCACCAGUAUGAAAAUAGUGACCAGCAUGAUCAGACAGGGCAGGGGCAGUCUCAGGCCAUCACUAAAUCCAACACAAACAUCACUGCUACUGUAAUGGCCAGUGGUGAUGAUCACAAGUAUGAAGAUAUUGACAACUGUCAUGUUAAGGCAGGACAGGGUCAGUCUAAGGCUACAACUCAAUCUCCGACAAUAGCAAAGCUGUCACAAGUAGCCAGUGGUGGCAAUCACCAGUAUGAAGAUAUCGACAACAAUCAUGUUAAAACAGGGCAGGGUCAGUAUCAGUCGACUGCUAAAUCCAACAAAAACAUCACUGCUACUGCAAUGGCCAGUGGUGAUGAUCACAAGUAUGAAGAUAUCGACAGCCAUCAUGUUAGAACAGGGCAUGGUCAGUCUCGGGCCAACACUGAAUCCAACACAAACACAACAGCUACUGUAAUGACCAGUGGUCAUAAUCAGACAGGACAGGGUCAGUCUCAUACCAUCACUGAAUCCAACAGAAACACCACAGCUACUGUAAUGACCAGUGGUCAUGAUCAGACAGGGCAGAGUCAGUCUCAGGCUAUCGCUAAUUCCUUGUUUGCUACAAAUCUGUCUUAUGACACAGGGCUGGCUGCCUCAAAGCUAAAUUCUCUGUACAAAAAAGAAAAUGUAAUGACCAGUGGUCGUGAUCAGACAGGACAGGGUCAGUCUCAGACCAACACUGAAUCCAACACAAACACGACAGCUACUGUAAUGACCAGUGGU